AUGACGAAUACACAGUUGAGUGGGGUAUUGUCCACUGCCCCAGUGCGGGAGAGAGACGCCUGCUGGGAGUACUGCGACAAGCUGGAUGGAAACAAGGUCAGAUGCAGGUUCUGUCACAAGGUUCUCAACGGCGGCAUCUGCAGGCUCAAGUUCCACCUGUCCCAGAUCCCCAGCAAAGGGGUGAACCCUUGCACCAAGGUGAAGGAAGACGUCAUUGACAAGGUGAAGGCUAUCAUCUCGGCCAAGGAAGAGUACAAGGAGUUCCAGCUUCUCAAGAGGCAGCGUGUAGCCGAACUAAAGCAAGAGGUCAUCUUUGGAUUAAGGUUUCAGAAACCGUUUGGCAUAAACCAACACAGUAGGAAAGGAACACCACAAACCUUAAAUCUCCCAACAAAUAGUGCAACAAACACUAAUCAAAAUACAGGGGGAAAAUCCUUAGAUCCAGCUAUCCAAAGAGUAGAAAAUUAA